AUUUCUUGUGGCUCAGAGCACAAUUUGGCAGUAAUUAGUGACAAGUGUUUUUCCUGGGGCUGGAACGAACAUGGCAUGUGUGGAGAUGGCACUGAGUCCAACGUCUGGACUCCAUCCCCAGUACAGGCUCUUCAGUCACCAUCAAGAAUCCUCCUCGUGGGCUGUGGGGCUGGCCACUCCUUGGCCUUAUGUCAGCUGCCAGCACUCUCUGAGCCGUGCCAGGAUGUCAAGGUCAUCUACACACUCCAAGCUGACACAGGGAACCCUGAAUCUCAGAAUGGCAUGAACAAAGAGAGGAACCGGAAGGAGAGACAGUCAGUAACUUCAACCCAAAGCAAUUCUGACAGGACAAGAAAUGAGGGACCAUGAGAGAGGACCCUUAAUAAAGUGCCUUAUCCCAACAAAUGGUUCCCUGGAGAAUCUUUCUGUCAAUCAGCUCAGGGGCUCAGUAAGCCCUGAUGGCUGGGCAGAACUACAGACAGAACAAUGAGGAGCGGCUCCCCCCCCACACAAAGAGGGCUGAGCUACAGAGAAGGCAUCUUUUCUGCUCAGCAGAUGCAAAUGAGGGGAUCCUCACUGAAGACCAUGCAAAGUUAAGACCAGCGAGGAAGGCUCCCGCCCUGCAUGUUGUCAGCCCAGCCCCCGGCUGUGUUUUGGUCCAGCUGCCUUAGGACAGCAGGCAGAGCAUCCUAGCAUGAGUAGCAUGCUUUUCCCUUCUAACUCGGGGGUUUGUUUUCUGUCCAGAGUCCAUUGCCUGUCUAAGGGACCCAGGUACUCUGCCUGGAGGCCCAGAAGGGAAGGCACUCGUUUGACCAGGGCACAAACAAAGGCAUAGGGUCGGGUGGGAAGAAUGGAAUGAGAAAGUGGUGAGAACACAAAGCUUCUGGGAGACCCAGCAGAGAAAACCCCAAGUUCAGACAAGGGUGUCUGAACCAGGGAAACUCUCAGAAGAUGUAUAAGUCUUCCUCCAGCCAGGCAGGGUUCUGGGGCUGCUGUGGCAGAUGAGCUAUGUAGUCUCUGAGCUGCCUCGGCUCUACUGCCUUCCAGAGAUUAUAGAAGCCUAGGACAUUAAAACUGGGGGACCUUCCAUCGACACAUAGCCUAGAGGCUCCAAACUACAUUCUUCAGAGCCAUACAUGGUGGCACGUGCCUUUAAUACCAGCACCUGGAUGGCAGAGCUAGGUGGAUCUCUGUGAGUUUAAAGCCAGCCUGGGUUACAUAGAGAGUUCCAGGCCAUCUGGGGCUAAAAGGUGAGACCCUGUCUCAAAAAAAAAAAAAAAAAAAAAAAAAAAAUGAAAAACAAAACCAACUCCCUACACUGUAGGCUGGGAAGUGGGCCAGGUAGAAAGAGAGGAGUUCUUCAGGUUCUUUGGGGUAGUGUUGGUUUUGUCUUUACAUUAUAUAUUGUGAUCUGCAUAAUAUUAUAUUUGAUAAGUGGAUCCUUAAGAAAAUAUAGAAACUGCUGAUCUUGUUCAACCAUUCUUGUUGCUCACCAGGAGAAAAUGGUGCCUGAAAAGGGGGAAGGAUCAUCUCAAGGUCACAUACUUCACUGCUGGUCCAGGAUAACCCAGACAGAGCCCCAAGCUAGACAAGGGUGGAAUAGGAAGCAGCUAAAUGACUAAAAGUGGGUUCUUCUCAGAAGGUGUAGGUGAAGUUGGUUCCAAACUCCACAGGCCUGAGCUGAGACACCACUUGCAGCCACAGUCUGACCUGAAACCCAGUGCAUGAAGUCUUGCUCCUAGCAUUGAACCCACACAACCCCACCUCCCAGGCCCAGAGGUGUUGCAGCAUUUGUACUCUGAUAUGCUCUUGCUAGCAUGACUGAACCCACAGAGAUGGAGCAAUCGCCCAGUGGGAAGCCACACUGGAGCAAACUCAAGGUUAUUGUCCUGUAGGCUGAGUAGUUGGCAAAAGCCAGGUCAGAAAGCAUUCCCAUGUGACCCAUACUGCCUAGACAGUUUCCAGUCACAAGAAACCAACACCAUCUUGCCCAGAAGGCCGAAGGGCAGGGCUCCCUCCUAUACCUUUCAGCACAUCCUGGAAAAAAAAAAAAAAAAAAAAAAAAA